AUGGCGUUCAACCGCCUGUUGCUUCCCGUCUACAUCGUCACCUUCCUGAUGGGGGUCCCUGCCAACAUCCUGGCAUUCAUCACCUUCUGCCGCAAGGUGCGACGCAAGCCAGCCCCGAUAGACAUCCUCCUCCUCAACCUCACCAUCUCCGACCUCAUCUUCCUGGCUUUCCUGCCAUUUAAAAUGAAAGAGGCCAUAGACGGCAUGGCGUGGAUGCUGCCCUUCCCCCUGUGUCCCUUCACUGGUUUUAUGUUCUACGUCACCAUCUACAACAGCACCCUGCUCCUCACAGCUGUGAGUAUAGAGCGCUACCUGGGGGUCGUCUUCCCCCUCAGGUAUUCCCUGUGUCGCAGACCUCGCUACGCCGUGUAUGCCAGCAUCAUAUUCUGGGUGGUGGCCUCUCUUAACCUCAGCAUCGUCUACAUCAUGCCCUACGCCCAGUGGAGCAGAGGUAAAGACAGUGACGACAAAGAUGGCAGCAACGCCAGCAUGUCUGCCCUGCCUCCUCCCACCUGCUACCUAAAUUUCACCGAGGACGAGCUCGAGAUCCUGCUGCCAGUCCGCCUGGAGCUCUUCUGCGUUCUCUUCUGCGUCCCCUUCUUCAUCUGCUGCUUCUGCUACGUCAACUUCAUCCUCAUCCUGUCCCGUCUUCCGAACAUCGGCAGGCGGAGGAGGCUGCGUGCCAUCGGUCUGGCACUCGGCACGCUGAUAGUAUUCGCCGUCUGUUUUGGGCCUUACAACGCCUCCCACGUGGUGGGGUUUGUUCGUCAGGAGAGUGAGGAGUGGAGGAACGUGGCGUUGCUCUCCAGCACCUUCAACGCCUGCCUGGAUCCAUUUAUCUUCUACUUCUCCUCAGCGGCUGUCAGGAGCAUGUUAAACCACUGCUUCAGGAACAUCAUGGCAAAGCUGCACAUCCUGAGGUGUGAAGGCGCUUCUCACCAGAGACCCUCCAAGACUGAAAAAUACAAGGAGGCCCCUCUUCCAUGA